AUGAGUGGUGUGUCAGCUGUGAAAUGCAAAACUGAAGGCUCCAGGAAGGGAAGAGAAGAUGAUGCCCCCUUGAAAACAGAGGUCAAACCCUCUCUGGAGGAGCUGGUGGAGCUUUUACAUGCAGCGCCUCGCUCUUGUCGCCAUGGAGAUGAGGUGUGGCCUAACCUGUACCUGGGAGACAUGUUUAUGUCCCAUGACAAAUAUGGACUAUGGAUGCUGGGCAUCACCCACGUGCUCAAUGCAUCACACGGUAAACUGUGCUGCAAAGGCAGGGAUGACUUCUACGGAACCACAGUGAAAUACUACGGUGUGCCAAGCAAUGACCUGCCCACCUUUGACAUUUCACCUUUCUUCUACCCUGCCGCGGACUUUAUUAGCCAAGCUCUGACAUCAGGAGGAAGGGUGCUUGUGCACUGCGCUGUCGGUGUGAGUCGCUCAGCCACUUUGGUCCUGGCCUACCUGAUGAUCCACCACCACCUCAGCCUUACGUCCGCUGUACAAUGUGUGCAGCACAAACGCUGGAUCUUUCCAAACAGGGGCUUCCUACUGCAGCUGAUGACGCUGGAAAGAACCCUCCGGAGCAAAGACUGA